GCAGUACUCGGUGCUACGAGGAGUUCUGAGAUCGCUCAGUCGGUCUUGGACGAGGUCGGAGAUGGGCUUUUUGCCGAGCUUGAUUUUGUGCAAGAGGCCAGGCAUAGUGAACUAUUUCAGAGUCUUUAUGGCGAAAAAUGUCCUGACGUGGUCGUGCCUGAGGUUGUUUGGUCCCGGACAAGUACUCGGGUGCUGACAACCACAUGGUUGCAUGGUCGCAAGCCUCGAGACUUGAGUGCACAAGAGAAGCUGCGCCUGGUGAACCUUGCAGGGCCGUGCCUGUCAUUGCAAUUAAUGGAUGCCGGUUUCGUGCAUUGUGACCCACAUGAGGGCAACAUGAUGCUUGUAGACGACGGGCGUCUGGGCUUGAUCGACUUCGGCUUGGUGGCACAGAUGACAGCGGUUCAUCAGGAGAGCAUGGCUUCCGCAAUACUCAGCCUUUUGGCGGAAGAUUACCAAGCACUGGUGCCGUGCUUUCGAGGAAUGGGAAUUCUCAGUUCCGAGCGAGAAGAUGACGAGGAUUUGAAGCGACCGGGCGAAGAGCAGCCCUUUGCCGCAGCACUGGAGGAGGCUUUGCAGGGAGGGCAGGGAGAUGCAAAACGAUUGGUGCAGGAUGGCAUGGGCGUGGACCGCCGACGUGCCUUUGGACAGCUGUAUGAGGAGCUGAGCAACUUGGCCUUCCGCUACUACUUCACUCUGCCGUCCUACUAUGUGCUUGUGAUGCGUUCCUUCGUGACGCUGGAAGGAAUAGCUUUCGCUGCCGAUCCGGACUUCAACAUGUACACAACAUCAUCGCCCUUUGCUUUGCGGAGGCUGCUGAUGCCCCGCACCGCCACUGGCAGGAAGCUCCUGGAAGAAACGCUCGUGGAGCGCCAGGAGUCCGGACUGCGGCUGAGGCUGUGGUCUCUAUUGAAAGGCCGGCUCAUUUACGGCAAGAGGUCUUCUAAGGAGCAAGACCCCACCGGCACGGUCUCGAAGACUGUCCUGGAGGUCCUCCUUACAGUUCCCCAUGGACAGGCCCUGCGACGAGUCCUCGCAGCGCUGGAUAGUGUCAUCCUCAUCGAGGACUUGACGGCACCGGCCACAGCUCCGCUCAGACAUGUUGCAGCAAAAGUCAUUCUCUCCGGUGGGACUAGCUCUUGCCGGCGCAGGUCUUCUCAGAGGUUGCUGAAGCGGAUAAUGCUGAAACACCUGCGGCGAGCGGCCAAAACCAGGCCGCUGCUGGCUGCGAAGUUUGUUUCCCAGCUUUGCUUCGCACUUGCGCUACGUGCACUGCCUUGGAAGCGAAGAUGA